CUCUGCUCAAUGUUUACACUGUACAGUUCUUUGUCUCCACGACUGCGGCAAUAAAAAGUAACGAUGUCUGGGACGUAGAUCAAAACAGAUUGUUUGUUUCUCUUUAUGUAUAACUUACUGUAUUCAUAAAAAAUUCUAAUAAUCAUAUUUCAUCAUACAAUAUUUUGGGCAUCAUUAUUUUAAGAUCAACUUAUUCUUGUAACUUUUUUCUCCACUACCGCAAAUUGACGCACCAGGAAACUUCUGGAUAAGGUAUCUGGUAGCUCUGUAGAGCAGCAAACAUGGUGUUGAUCCUGGGCAGAAGGCUGAACAGGGAGGACUCUGGGACCAGGGACUCCCCCGCCGUCAAACGAAAGGUGUUUGAGGUGGACUCCAAGACCCUGAAUUCGAAUGAAGUGCUGGACUUCUCCUCUGGCGCUUCCCACUCAGAGGCCAUCUUGCAGGUGUUCAAUGAGUUCCGCGACAGCCGGCUCUUCACCGACGUCAUCAUCAGCGUCCAAGGCCACGAGUUCCCAUGCCACCGUGCCGUGCUGUCCGCCUGCUCCUCCUACUUCCGUGCCAUGUUCUGCAACGAUCAUCGGGAGUCGCGCGAGAUGCUGGUGGAGAUUAACGGCAUCCUGGCCGAGGCCAUGGACUCCUUCCUCAGUUACGUCUACACGGGACGUGCCAAAAUCACAACAGACAACGUCCAGUUCCUCUUCGAGACCUCCAGUCUCUUCCAGAUCCCGACACUGCGCGACGCCUGCGCCAAAUUUCUAGAAGACCAGCUGGACCCCUGCAACUGUUUGGGCAUCCAGCGCUUCGCAGACGCCCACGCCCUGAAACAGUUAGCCAGCCGCUGCCGCUCCUACGCCCUGGCCAACUUCCCUGAGGUUGCCCAGCACGAGGAGUUCCUGGACUUGAGGAGGGACGAGCUGGAGGAGUACAUCUGCAGUGACGAAUUGGCCAUUGGGAAGGAGGAGGUGGUGUUUGAGGCUGUGAUGCGCUGGGUGUACCACAGUGUGGAGCCCCGGAGGCCCAUGCUUAAAGAUCUGCUCCAUCACGUUCGGCUGCCUCUGCUUCACCCCAACUAUUUUGUCCAGACAGUGGAGGGGGAUCAGAUCAUCCAGACAGCUCCAGAGUGCUACCAGCUCCUCCACGAGGCACGGCGGUACCAUGUGCUGGGCAACGAGAUGAUGUCACCCAGGACCCGCCCUCGCAGGUCAACUGGAUUCUCUGAGGUGAUUGUGGUGGUGGGGGGCUGUGAGAGAAUUGGGGGGUUCAACCUGCCCUACACGGAGUGUUACGACCCUGUGACCGGAGAGUGGAAGUCCCUGGCCAAGCUCCCAGAGUUCACCAAGUCAGAGUAUGCUGUGUGUGCCCUGCGGAAUGACAUCCUGGUCUCAGGCGGUCGUAUUAACGGCAGAGAUGUGUGGAUGUACAACUCCCAGCUCAACCUAUGGAUCAGAGUGGCUUCCCUCAACAAGGGACGCUGGAGGCACAAGAUGGCUGUGCUACUGGGCAAGGUCUAUGCCGUAGGUGGGUAUGACGGCCAGAGUCGUCUGAGCAAUGUGGAGUGCUACGACUCCUUCUCCAACCGCUGGAUGGAGGUGGCUCCAUUGAAGGAGGCGGUCAGCUCUCCUGCCGUGGCCAGCUGUGCUGGGAAGCUGUUCGUCAUUGGUGGAGGGCCUGAUGACAACACUUGCUCCGAUAAGGUCCAGUGCUACGACCCAGAGUCAGACACCUGGGGCCUGAGGGCUAGCAUCCCCAUCGCUAAGCGCUGCAUCACAGCGGUCUCCCUGAACAACCUGAUCUACGUGUCGGGGGGUCUCACCAAGUCCAUCUUCUGUUACGACCCGGUGGAGGACUUCUGGAUGCACGUGGUGCACACCUUCAGCAAACAGGAAAGCUGUGGCAUGUCUGUGUGUAACGGGAAGAUCUUCAUCUUGGGAGGGCGCGGGGAGAACGGCGAGGCCUCGGACUCCAUCCUGUGUUAUGACCCGGCAACGGGCAUCAUCACCGGCGUGGCCGCCAUGCCCCGCCCCAUCUCCUACCAUGGCUGUGUCACCAUUCACCGCUACAACGAGAAGUUCCACCACCGGCCGUGACCACAUGGAUGCGGCCUUCUACAUGAACACACCUUUACACACACACACACACACACACACAACCAGAUUCUGUGACACACACACACACGCUCAUACUCUCACCCGUUUGCACUUAUCAGGCAAGCAAGGAAGAGUGCAUACAGACAAACAAAUAUACUGUACACACUCCCCCAUGAGCUUUUCUCAAGAAGCAACUAAUUCAGACAUUCAGACCACAGUACCAGUUUCCAUUUAUAGGAUUUCCUAAUUAUCAUAUGUAGCAAACCUCAUUGGUUAGUACUGGUGGAAUUCCUACUGUGUCACUCCAGACCUGUCUCAGUCUGCCAGUAUAAUCUUGUUGUUAUAUGGAAACCCUUCACAAAGAGGCUCUAAUGCCUUCAUUAUCACUGUCAUCAGACGGAGCCAGCAGAGCAAACAGAUACCAGACAUGCCAGUGACAGUGUCUAAGGGCCAGGGAUAGCUCCUCAUCUCCUCUUCCAGAGAACAAGAUACUCUGCUUUUUGAUUGACUGAUACGGAAAGGUGGUAAUGAAUUCAAUCGUUUCGUUUAUACAUUUCUUUAGUAAUUCGUGUCGUCAAGUAUAGCAGUAAAGUGAUUGUGAAAGUGAACAAGAGCAAAGCUUUUAUUACUACCUGAGAAAAAUUCAAAGGAAGCAGCACAGGAACAUUCCUAGGAAGCGAGUUGUCAAAGGCCCGAUGGAAUUAGCUUCAAUCCUCCAACAUGAUAGUGAACUCAUUCUUUGGUGACCACUUAUCAUGCCAACCUGGAACAGAGUAAUGGAAGGUUUUCACCUGAAUGCUGGAGGGAAGAGAUGUGGUUGAAUUUAGCUGUAUGACUUCAAAUGUCAAUGCCUUAUGUGCCUUUUAUAUUUUUGUACAGGCCUUGACUAUAAAAAACGCUUUGGUUUCAAUCUGACCUUUUUCAAAUACAUUUAUAACAAAAAAGAAAAUUGUUUGGUAUGAAACAAAAAGCUAACCUCAGCUUUUCCAGAAACAGAGACCAUGUCCCAUCUCCUCAGAAACAGAGACCAUGUCCCAUCUCCUCAGAAACAGAGACCAUGUCCCAUCUCCUCAGAAACAGAAACCAUGUCCCAUCUCCUCAGAAACAGAGACCUUGUCAAGGCUAUUCAAAUCAAAGGAAACAACGUUUGGGAGGCUUCUGCUGUGGUUUGAACUGUGAUAACCUAAUACUGAUAAAUCCUAAUCCUAAUUUCUGUUUGUUUUUAGAGUUUCUCUCUACUUCCUCUUACUUAUCUCUUUCCUUUACUCAUAUCCUACCUCCUACCACUGAUACUGUCAUGAUUAAACACACACACCCACACACAUGGACAUUGUUUUCAUAACACACACUGAUAGUUUUUACAUUUGAAUUUAUUAAAUUAUGUCUGUUUGCCUUUUUUACAAUUUGAUAUUUGUACUGAUAUACAAAUACACUUUACCAGUGUGCUUGACCCUAUGUAAUGUUUAAGUAGUUUAUUUGGAUGUUGGGUGUGUGGGUAAUGUAGUAAAUAUUAGAUGCCUUUGGUGAUCAAAACUACCAAGACUGUUCUAGAAGAGUGGUAAAUGAUGUGACUUCUACUAUAUGUAAAACAGCUUUAAAUUGUAAUUGUUUACUAUUGUGCUGCUCACCGAGUGGCCUUGCCUCAUGCAAAUGUUAUAGAAUUCUAUACAAUACAUUAAAACCUGUCACCUGCA